AUGCGCAUGCGUAACUGUUGGAACCAAAAAAGGCAGAUUCGAUCAGAUGACAUUCGCGACUUUCAAGUUGACUGUCAACAAACAAAAAACAAAGACAGAGAAGAGUAUAAUAAAACUGAGGAGGAAAACUGCCAUAUUAACAACUACAGAAGCGUCAUUCGUAAUGAUUUUAUCCAAUUAAAAGACAGACUCGAUGAAUACAGUUCGAGUCCUUAUAAGGCUGAUAAGAAAAGUAAUGAUCCACAUUCAAUGAAACUAGGAAACGAGUCGAAGAUUAUGCAUUCUGAGAAAUCGGAUCAAAGAAUUCUGUCUCAAAGUCCAGAAAAAGAUCGCAGGAAUAAUCCAAACAUUAUCCUACCGGAGGACUUGUUCCAUUCUAGAAACACGGGUCUAUGGAAUAAAGUACCAGAAGGUGGUAAACAAUGGAACAGUCUAGAAGAUUCUUCCUGCAAAAAUGAUCCAGGAGACAAACAGCUUGAAGCUCUAGUACAAGAAAAUUAUAACGAGAACAACAUUGGCCUUUCCAGAAGUAGGCCGAAUAACACCGAGGUUAGAUAUGUUGAUUCAUCGGGAUUUUUCUUUAAACCAAGUACUGGUGGUCUUGGUUUUCCAGCUUCGUGGGAACCAACUGAAACGUCCAGUGCUUAUCAAAAGAAAACUAUACAAGAGGAACCAAUAAGACCGGUCACCAAAACCUUUCCUUUACCCAAAGCAUACAGAAAUAAUAUGCUGUUACGUAAACACGUGAACUCUGACCUUUACACUGGGGUACGUAAAACGACAGAUAUUCAAGUUCAGGAUAACGGUAAGUUCUACGACCCACCAGAAACAAUCAGUGCUCUUGUUCAUCGGGAAAUAACAAAAGCUGUUAAAGAGAUCAGUGGCUGGCUGUGA